GGCCAGUUGCCACUGCCAUCUCAUCUCAAAUUCUCAACCCAUCAAGAAACAGACAAACAGCGGCCAAUCAACAAGCCUGCCAGUCCAGCUAGCUAGCUAGCCAAUCUCAUCGGCGAUCCAUCGAACACCCGCCGCCGACGACGACAUGGGCAACAGCCUGCGGUGCUGCCUGACCUGCAUGCUCCCCUGCGGCUCGCUGGACGUGGUCCGCAUCGUCCACCUCAGCGGCCGCGUCGACGAGUUCGGCUGCCCGAUCACCGGCGCCGCCGUCCUCGCCGCGCACCCCAACCACACGCUCGCCACGGCGUGGUCCUCCGCCGGCGUCGGCUGCCCCACCAAGAAGCUCGUCAUCGUCUCCCCUGACUCGGAGCUCAAGCGCGGCCGCAUCUACUUCCUCAUCCCCUCCGCCACCGUGCCGGGCGCCGACAGGAGGAAGAAAAACCGCCCGCCCUGCUCCAAAUCCAAGCAGAGCAGCAAGCGGACCACCCGAGCGAGCAGUACGGCGGAGCAGGAUAACUACCUGACGGAGCUGUUGCUGUCUGAGAAGGCCGCGUCGGCGGGCGCUCACCGGAGGCGGCGAAGCGGCUGCAGAAUCGGCGUGUGGAGGCCGGAGCUCGAGAGCAUCGUGGAGGAGACCUCGGCUUAGAGAGCUCGAAGAGUUCUCUUCUUUCUUCCUUUCCAUCCCCCCUUCUACGGAGUAUUAUUUUUUUGUUUCCUCUAGAUCUUCCGAUUUGGGUGCCACGAGAACGAAUUUCUGGUUCUCACCUUUCGAUGCCCUGGCACAUGUAUAGUGAUGUCCAGGGUGUUUAAUCAGUGGUUCUUAGAUCGGGAGAUGGGAGGAAAACUGAAACAGAAUAACUGGAAAUCCCCCAAGAUGUACAUAGAGAUUUGGUUGAGAUCAUUGAAACUUUCUGAAGAAAAUGUGUGUACUCUCAAUCUUUCAUUGAUUUCAUCUACAGACUCCAUUCCUCAA